GGAACUUUUCGGAUUUAUGAAGAGUAAAUAUUGUAUCAUCGAACUUUUCUGGUCAAAAUGAUACCUGAAUUCCAAUGCUCAAUGCUCAACACAGAAAUCCUUAACUAGGAACCCCGCUAGCGCUCUGGCGCUUGCACAUAGCAAACGAAAUCUCUACAUCCUUCACAAAGCCUUUCCAAGAGCACAAUAAUAGGAAGACCAAGAAAUCAUGUCAACUCCCGAUCAACCAACUGACGCCCGCGAAAAGCUCAGCGCUCACUUCCAAGGCGACUCAUCCCUUCACAAUCAAAAAUGGGAUGCUCUCUGGAAAGAAGGAUUUCUUCCCUGGGAUAAAGGCUUUCCAAGUCCAGCACUCGUCGACUUACUAGCUGACCGCAAGGAUCUCUUUGGAAGUGUCACAGAAGGAAAAAAGAGAAAGGCAUUGGUCCCAGGAUGUGGCAAGGGAUAUGAUGUACUGUUAUUUUCCGCUUACGGGUAUGAUGCGUAUGGAUUGGAUGUCUCAGAGACUGCUCUGGAGGCUGCGAAGGAGACGGAGAGGAGAAUGGAGGGGGAUGAGACGUAUGAAAUUAAGGGCGUGGAGAAGGGAAGUGUCAAUUGGAUUGUGGGAGACUUCUUCACCAACGACUUUUGGAAGGAUGUUGAGGGAGAGGGAACUUUUGAUUUGAUUUAUGACUAUACAGUAGGGUGUUUCUACUCAUCCAGUAACAUGCUACUAACAUAAAUAUAGUUUCUCUCGGCACUUCCGCCCUCGUUGAGAGCAGGCUGGUCGGCGCGGUUUAAAGAGCUUCUUGCACCGCAAGGGAAGAUUAUAUGCGUGGAAUUCCCAACUUACAAACCGCAUUCAACGGGAGGUCCGCCAUGGGCUCUCCCACCAAAGGUGUAUUUGGGCCACCUUUCGAGACCAGGACAAGAACUUCCGUAUGAUGAAGAGACGGGAUUGUUGGAGUCCGAGUUGAAAGAGCCAGGCAAGGAUCGGUUGGAGAGACUUGAGCAUUUCCCACCUAAGAGGACACACCAGAUUGGAUAUAAUGCAGAUGGGAAGGUGACUGACUGGGUCUCCGUUUGGGCACAUCCAAAUGCUCUAUAA